CGGCGGUCAUAUUUUGUACCGCUCUGCGGUACAUCUAGUUUUUUGAUUUGUCUGGUGAGUGGUGCGCUAGUUCUGAACCCUGCGAGAAAUCCUCUCGUAUCCCUGCGUCUCCUCUAGGCUACUAAUUAUGCAGAUACCUUGACAUCCCUAGUAAUAUUUCUGCAUGAGAAAUGCAAGGUGUGGUGUGUGAACUUGUUGAAUUGCGUGAGACUUGAGAACCCUGAUGCAAACCACGUGUGUGAGAGAGUGUGUGUGUGUGUGUGUGUGUGUGUGUGUGUGACCUAUAUAAAAAAAACAGACACACAGAAGGCUGUUUUUUUUUGUUUUUUGGCUGAGAGCGCUCUCUCAUGCACAUUGUUUAGAAUUACCUGUGGCAUGCACUCCAAAACCAGAUCAACAGGCUCUGGGCCUGUUUUGUGGCCAUGCCCCUGCCUGGUUCUGCCCUUUACAGGUUGGGAGGGAGAGGAGGAGGAGUGUAGUCCUUUGUCAGACAGAAAUCCCAGAAUAUGAUCCUUCACUCCCACUUCUCACAAGCUUCCCAAAGUACGGAAGAGAGAGGAGGAAGGAGAGAGUGAGAGAAGGAGAGAGGGAGAGGAGGAGGGAGGGAAGGAGAGGGAGAAGGGAGGAAACAGAGGGAAUAAAUCAUGGGAGGGGUUUGUAAGCAGGGGCUACGCACAGGGGAAUGCCGGACAAGAUGAGGAAAAAGAUGAGCGGAGGAAGCGGCUGGAGGGUGUGACUACAAGAGAAAAAUAGAGAGACCAGCUGUUUAGGAGUUGGAGAGAGAAAACAGCGGGAGGGGCCGAAGCAGACACGACUGUCGCAAGUUUUUUGGUCUCCGUCUCAACGUUAUGAACAAGAACCUCGGUGUGGUGCAUACCAGCAGUCGUGGGUGUUCACUCUUUGUCUUGUACCUCUUGCAUGGUAAUCAACUACGUCUAUGUGGAAGGUGCCAAAGUCCUCAGGGGAAACAAUGGAUUCUUUCAAGACCAUCCUCCGUUUUCUGUCCGACCAAAAAUCCACCAUCGGCUAUGGCUUCAUGGCCAUCCUCACCAUCGGAGGCGAGAGGAUCUUCUCCAUGGUGUCCUUCAACUGCCCGUGUAACCAUGACCAGAACUUUGCCUACGGGAUCACCUUCCUGCUCGGACCAGCCAUCGUGCUGCUGACCACCGGACUGUUUGUCAACAACCGCUUGUGGAGACUCUUCACAGGCUGCUGCCUGAACCCCCUGAAGCUUUGCCCCCGGGGCAACUGCAUUGGCUGCUGCACGGGGCUGUGCAAGGUGGUGGGCACGGCGUGUGUGGCUCCCAUCAUGUGGCUGUGCGUGGCGCUCCUCAACGGAACGUUCUACGAGUGCGCCGUCAGCGGCCUGGACGACAACCUGGUAGUGCCGCUGCUCUGCAAGAACAAGACGACGCUGUGCCGGGAGGAACUGGCGCGGGUUCCGUGUGGGAGAUCCAAGCUCCCGACCAAUGAGAACAUGGAGCUGCUCCUCAUGUUCCGAGCUCAGUCACAGAUUCUGGGUUGGGCCAUCAUUAUAAUCUCAGCAAUAGUAGGCUUGAUUGGCACCUGCUACAGAAACUGUCGCUCACAGGUGAGCUACCUGCAGCUCACGUUCUGGAAGCGCUACAUGGAGAAGGAGCGGGAGAAGUUUGACGUGUACGCCUCUGAAUAUGCCACCAAACUAGCGGAGCGCAACCUCAAGAGCUUCUUUGAGAACCGAGAUCCUGAAGCGUUCCCUUUCCCUAACCACCGGGCCUGGGAGGAGAUCUCUUCCCCAUACACAUUCACACGUGGAGAACAGUGCUACAGCACCUUGCAGCGCUAUGUAGACCGCAGUGAUCGAGACCUCAACCCAGAGAAGAGACCUGUCUUGGAUAUGGAGCAUGGCAUUGAGAUGACUUAGAGGAGACUUCAUCUUAAUGUGGCACAAGAGAUGCUCUCACAUUAAGCUGACUGCUCAAUUGGGUUUGGGGGGGGGGGGGGUAAUCAUGGGUUAAGGAUGAUUUACAUUGAUGAGACUCUUUUUUGAAG